GUGGGGAAGAAGAAGAAAUCAAAUUGGCCAGCCUCCAAGAUUACGGCCCCUAUAAAGCCAUCGCUGGUGGGAACUUCUGAUUUCACUCGCUAGUUCUCUUUCGCCACACGAUUCUAACAAAUUUCUCUCUCUCGAGCACGAAGACACUCAGAUCAGGAAGGCACACUCAGAAUUUUGUUAGAGGAAGACAGUGAUAAUGGAGGCCAUCGUGAGGGAAAUGGAAGAGAUCGACUAUGAGGCUGGGAGGUAUAUGGGGAAUUUUGAUGAGCAUCCUGUGUUUGUCGAGCCUCUGCCACCCUUGGCGGGGAGCAAAGACGGGGAUCUCAAUGGAGAACACGCAGCGGAAGCCGAUGAGAACGGGAAGAGGGAGAUUGUGCUUGGUAGAAAUGUCCACACCACCUGCUACGCCAUCACUGAGCCCUUUGACGAUGAAGAUUUCACCGGCGACAAGGAAGCCUACAUGGCUAGCAUCUUGGCUCGAUAUCGAAUGAAUCUCAUAGAGAGGACUAGAUAUCAUUUAGGUUACCCUUAUAAUUUGGACUUCGAUUACGGUGCUCUGGCGCAGUUGCAGCAUUUCUCGAUUAACAAUCUCGGGGAUCCGUUCAUUGAAAGCAAUUACGGUGUGCACUCGAGGAAGUUUGAAGUUGGGGUCUUGGAUUGGUUUGCUCGCCUUUGGGAGAUUGAGAAAAAUGAGUAUUGGGGAUACAUCACAAAUUGCGGCACGGAAGGAAAUCUUCAUGGGAUUCUCAUCGGGAGAGAAGUUUUUCCAGAUGGGAUUCUAUAUGCUUCUCGGGAAUCCCAUUAUUCCGUUUUCAAAGCCGCAAGAAUGUAUAGAAUGGACUGUGAGAAUGUUCACACUCUGGUUUCUGGCGAGAUCGAUUGUGCUGAUCUUAAAGUCAAGUUGCUCGCUAACAAAGAUAAACCAGCUAUAAUCAAUGUCAAUAUUGGAACCACGGUGAAAGGAGCUGUCGAUGAUCUUGAUCUUGUGAUACAAACUCUCAACGAAUGUGGGUUCUCAAAUGAUCGGUUCUACAUUCAUUGUGACGGGGCAUUGUUUGGACUUAUGAUGCCUUUUGUCAAACGUGCACCAACGGUCACGUUUAAGAAGCCCAUCGGAAGUGUUAGUGUUUCCGGCCACAAGUUCAUUGGAUGUCCAAUGCCCUGUGGUGUUCAGAUUACAAGGUUGGAGCAUAUAAAUGCCCUCGCCAGGAAUGUUGAAUAUCUAGCCUCAAGAGAUGCCACAAUCAUGGGAAGCCGGAAUGGCCAUGCUCCUAUCUUCCUUUGGUACACCCUCAACAGAAAAGGCUAUGCAGGGUUCCAAAAGGAUGUCCAGAAGUGUCUCAGAAAUGCACACUACCUGAAAGGCCGGCUUCAAGAGGCCGGAAUUAGUGUCAUGCUGAAUGAACUCAGCAGCACAGUCGUGUUUGAACGACCCGAUAACCAUGAGUUUAUUUGGAAGUGGCAGCUAGCUUGUGAAGGAAAUAUUUGCCAUGUUGUGGUGAUGCCCAAUGUUAACAAAGAUAGGUUGGAUGAUUUCCUAAUUGAACUUGUUGUAAAACGCACACAAUGGUAUAAGUACGAUGGUGCUCAACCUCCUUGUGUGGCAAGCGAGAUAGGAAGUGAGAACUGUCGUUGUAACUAUCACAACAAGAGUUCAUAAUUCUUUUGUGGAAGUUGUAUUCUGUUGUGUUGCUUAUUUUUGUAGUGAAACUCUAGAUUCACUUGAAUUUUGAUUGUCAUAGGCGACUGUGGUUCGACUAUUGAUGAAUGGCUAAAGUUAUUUCAGUGUGUUUCGAGUA